AUGCUCUCGGUGCUGGUAGAGAAGGGCGCUGCAUCCAUCGUGGUCAAGGUGGUGACGUUAGAGGUGGCGACAACUGCAGAGCUCUCGAUCAUGCUAUUUGAAGGGAAGCAGCCCACGCAGGGCGAAGGCGUAGCAGAUGCACUCGGAGUAGGCCAGAUGGAGAGGGUGAUUGGAGCCGUCGGAAGAACCCAGCUGGAGUUAGCAGUCGACACUGGGAUCGGUGAGACGCUGAUCGUCGCAUUCUUGCUCAGUGUCGAGAACGGUGGAACGGGUAGAUCAGUGCUGGAGACGCUGCCAACAGGAGUCGUGGCGGAAUCAGUCGUGGUGGGGAUAGCUGAGGUGGACCAACUCAAGCUAGACUCUGCAUCAGUCGUAGCAGGAUCAGUCGUGAUCGGUACAGCCGAGAUCAACGAACUCGAGCUUGUCUUGUGGCUCACGAUGAUGGUCUUGGUCAGCUUCGUAGUGGAGUGA